AUGUCGGUCACCACCACAACCACAAUUACUACCACCGACACCACUUUCUCCCACAUCUCCGUCAGACCUCUUCACCCAACUUUCGCUGCUGAGGUUAGCGGCGUGGAUUUCACGUCGACUUUGAGUGAAGAAGUGUUUAAGGAGAUCCAUCGGGCUGUGACUAAAUAUGGUGUCGUGGUCUUCCGCAGCACAGGCCUCACCGAUGAAGGUCAUAUUGAUUUCUCUAGGAAAUUUGGAGAGCUAGAUGAUGUGACGCCCUAUGUCAGUAUGGGCCGCAAGCACCGUCUCAAAUAUGUAGAGCUUUUCGAUGUUAGCAACGUUGAGACCGAUGGUACCAUUCUUAAUCCUGACAGCUCCCGCGGACAAGCAAACAAGGGCAAUGAUCUUUUCCACGUUGACUCGAGCUUCAACCCUCGCCGCGCCGGAUACUCGUUGCUCUUAGCACACGAGCUUCCGCCCAGCGGUAUGGGCGGUCACACGGCAUUCGCGGAUACGAGGACAGCCUUCGACACCCUUUCUCCGGAUCUGAAAAAGCAUUUGUUGGCCAAGGACUAUGUGGCUUGCCAUUCCAUGUAUCACUCUCGCAAGCUGGCAGCCCCCGAGGCCUUCGCCGAUCUCAACCCGCUCGACUAUACUAUGGGACGGCACAAACUUGUACAGCGUCAUGAGGCCUCCGACCGUAUGAAUUUGUAUAUUGCAGCCCACGUUCACCAUAUCGAGGGUCUCUGCCCUGAAGAGUCGCAGGCGUUGUUUGACAAAUUGUACAAAUACUCCAUUCGCGAUGAGAACACUAUUGAGAUCGAGUGGCAGAACGUGGGUGACCUGGUCAUCUGGGAUAACACCUGCACGAUGCAUCGGGCUGUUGGAGGACCUUUCCUUCGAAAGUACAAGCGUGAUAUGAGACGUACUACAGUUCACGAUUCAAGUUCGAUGGCAUGGGGCUUGAAUGAGCAUACCAAUGUGCGACAAGGUCUUCCUUGA